AUGGAAGAUAAGGAAAACAAAAACAAGGCACUCUGUGACCAGAUGAAGGAGCAUCAAGAAAGGGUCGAUAUGAUACCAGGCGCCCCAAAGUUGCUACCGAAACGAGACGUUGGUCGAUUCGUCGAACAACCGUACAGUGAGGAAGCAGAUCCCCAUGCCAUUCCGAAAACUUUCAAAAUGCCACUGUACCUGAAAAUAUACGAUGGCACUACAGACCCAGAAGAUCAUAUCAUCCACUACGCCACAGCGGUGAAGGGCAACGAUCUCUCGAAGGAGCAAGUUCCAUUGGUGCUACUAAAAAAGUUUGGCAAAACCCUAACAGGGGGAGACCUAACCUGGUACUCGCAACUACCAGCACGGUCAAUAGCAACGUUCGAGGAAAUGGCCGACAAGUUUGUCACCGCUCAUGUAGGGGCUAAAAAGGCGGAAGCCAGGGUGAAUGACAUAUUCGCCGUUAGGCAAUCGCCUGGCGAGGGACUCAGAGACUUCCUCGCCCGUUUUAACAGGGUGAGAAUGAGCCUACCAAAUGUAUCAGAGGGGAUGGCGGUAGCAGCCUUCCAGAACGGGUUGAGCAGGAACGGGUCAAGAGUGAGAGCCGACGAGGACGAUCUCAAUGGUCCGACCCAACGGCUGACGUCAGUUCAAGCAAAAUCAAGGAAAUAUCAUCGUAACGACGAUCGAAAGGAUCAGCCGGGUCCCCGUCUCGGCCGAGAAAGACAUCAGCCCUACAUCCGAACAGCCGUCCCACCACCUCCUCGGCACACGGAAGGGCCUCCCAGGCCGCACACCGGGACUCAGCGAAACAAAAGAGGUAUGCCUCCGCUCUUAUCUGCUCACAAUUUUUGUGUCUCCCCUUCAGAGAUAGUGUAUGCACUAGAGAAGCUCGGCACGAAGGUGAAAUGGCUGCAAAAGAUGAAGUCCGACCCGAAUACUCGAAAGUCGGAUGCCCUCUGUGAAUUUCACCAAGAGCGGGGUCACAAAACUGAGGACUGCAUAGGUUUGCGGCAAGAGGUAAUAAGAAUGCUGAACCAAGGGCACCUGAGAGAAUUAAUGAGCGACCGGGGACGAGCCAACUUCGGUCGCGGACGUGAACAGCACCAGGGGCCUUUAAAGCCACCCUCCUCUGCUCGUACUGUCAGCAGAGGCGACGAGGCAGCGAUCAACCAUUUGAGCGAACUUCUGGAGAAAUAA